UUAAUUGCCAGUCUCUCUGCUCCUCCCUUCAGAACCAUACCGUCGCCAUCGGUUCAUGGCUCGCACUUAUUGAAUCUUCCCUCCAGAACGCUGACCACCUUCCGGAUCUACGCAAGAAAACCGCCGACCUCGCCCUUGACAUGAAGCAAGCUCUCUUCAAUGUUACAAAGAACGAAGAGCGAGUACAGUGCACACUGCAAAAGGAAGGGCAGGGGAGGCCGAGCACAAAAGCAGUGCAGAGCGCGAUAAUAAUGGAUUUGGCACGGGCCUUAGGAAUUGAUUCCGAUGAUCACGCGGAGCUUUCCGAGCAGGUCAAGCUUCUAAAGAACGACUUGGCGCGUUCCAGCUCGGUGACCGAGCGGCGGAUCCUUGUAUCGCUGGAGAGGAUCCUAGGCAACUGGUCCGUUUCACCUGACUCGGUGAGACCAAAAAUGGAUGUGGAUUUCGAGGAGGAGGCCAACAUUCUGCCAUUUAAGAACUUCCUUUGCCCUCUGACGAAGGAAGUGAUGAAGGAACCGGUGGUUUUGGAGUCGUCGCAGACGUACGAGCGGACAGCGAUUGAGUAUUGGUUCCGCCGAUGUCUAGAGGACGGGCGGGACCCUACGUGUCCAGUGACAGGGCAGGUGUUGAAGUCCCUGGAGCUAAAGCCAAAUAUCGGUUUGGCAGGUGCUAUAGAGGAGUGGAUUAAUAGGAACGUCGACAUACAGGUCAAGUUGGCGGUGAAGCAUCUUAGCCAGGAAUCUCUUGAUGUGGAUUGUAUUGAAAGGGUGUUGGAUGACGUGUAUAGGAUUUCGGAGGAGUAUCAUUGGAACCGAUAUAGAGUGAGGAAUGCUGGGGUUGUUGUGCUUAUUAUGGAACUAUUGAAGAAUUCCUCCAAGAAUAUUGGGUCUCUCUUGAGAAGCAAAGCUCUCAUGACUUUCCUUAGCAUGGCCAAGGAUGAAGAAAGCAAGAAGAUAAUGCUCGGGGAGGGUAUCACUAGAUUAGCCAUACAUGGUCUUAUUGGAAGCUAUGAGAAAGAGAGAGAGUAUGCUGUGAAGUUAAUACUUGAGUUCUCUAGUGAUGAAGCUUACUGCAUAAAACUUGCAUCAGAAAAAGGGGCAUUGGUUCUUCUCUCAAGCAUGGCCGGGGAUGUGGAGCAUCCUUCUUUAUCAAAUUUAGCUGAGGAGGUCUUAAAGCAGUUGGGGAGAGUGGAGGCAAAUGUUCAGCAUCUAGUCAGCGGGAAGAUUGAACCCCUGCUUAGCAGGUUACAUGAAGGUUCUGAUGAUGUUAAGAUGGAGAUGGCAUCCAUCAUAGGAAGACUGACCCUGACAAAUAGCAGCAAGGAACAGAUUGCAAGGCAAAGUGCUAGGGUGCUAAUUGAGUUGCUUGCUAAACCAGAGGGAAGAGCACCAAGCUUACAAGCCUUGUUUAACCUGUCUAGUUUGGAUGACAAUGCAACUAUCCUUGUCAAUUGUGCUGUGCUUCCAGCUCUUACAGACAUUCUUUUUGAAAACCAAGAUUAUUCUCUAGAGUGGACGGAAUUGGCAGCAUCAACCAUGGCAAACAUUGUAUCAAAUCCAGGGCACUGGGAAUUAGCAUCUGCUGACAAAAAAGGGCAGUCUAUGCAAUCAGAAUCCAUGGUCUUGAGCCUUUUAAGACUUCUAUCUGUUGUAUCCCCUCAAUGCCAGGUUUCAAUUCUCCAUAUUCUGCACGGAAUUGCCUCUUCUCCCCAAGCAGCAGGUUCAGUAGCGACUCAUCUAAAAUCUGGGGAUGGCAUCAAAAUCAUUAUACCAUUUCUUGAACAUCCAGAAGUUGAGCACAGAAUUUAUGCUUUUAAGCUGACAAGAAUAUUCUCAGGGAUAUUUGGCCAAGAUUUAGCUAAUGAGUUGAAAUGGUCCAAUAGGCUUUCUAUUUUCAAAGACAAGCUCUUAGAUGAUCAAUCACCAGAUGAUGAGAGAUCAGAUGCUGCAUGCAUACUUGCCAACAUUCCCCUAAGAGAAGAUGAAGUAAAAGAACUCCUAGGACCUAGCUUUUUGACAUGGAUUGUUGCCAGUCUCAAGAACCAGCGCCAUAGCUCUAAUGGGAGAACUUUUCGACCAGCAUCAAGCAUGGUAGAGGGGCUUCUUGGCCUCUUACUUCACUUUACAAGGACCCUUGACCCACAAAUUGUUAGUAUGGCCAAAGAGCAUUGCCUUAUGACCAUCUUCCAUGAGCAGCUCAUCUUUCCUUCAAAUUCAAGAGUGAAAAGACUAGCUGCUAUUGGAUUGAAGAAUUUGUCAGAAGCUGGAAGGUCAUUCGCUUCUAGGGACUUAGAACCACCAGUCCCCAAGGGGCUCUGCACGUCACUGGGUUUUAUUUGCGGGAGCAGUUCUACAAAACCUUCAAUGUGUCCUAUACACAAUGCCCGAUGCAAAGAUGACUAUCAGCUGUGCUUGCUAAAGACUAAUUGUGUUAAACCUCUUGUAAAUCUUCUCAACGACCAGGAUGCCAAUGUCCAAAUUGCUGCAGUAGAGGCACUAUCAACUCUAUUACGGGACACCUCUAGUACUGGCCUUAAAAGAGCUGCUGAUGAGCUUGAGAAACUCGGUGUCGUAAGUGCUCUAAUUAAUCUUUUCAUUGAAGUUCGUCCUGGGGAGCUCCAGGAGAAGACACUUUGGAUGAUAGAGAGGAUGUUAAGAGUCGAAGGCCUCAGCCAUCAGUAUUCUCUCAAUCAGUCUCUAGUUAGAGCUUUGGUGGAAGCCUUCAAGCACGGGAAUACCAAUGCAAGGAGGCAUGCUCAAGAUGCUCUUACCAACCUAAAGCAAAUAUCAGGAGUUAGUGGUCAACACACUAGUCAAGCUCGAGAACGAAGGUAGGUAGUGAUGGGAAAUGAUUCUGUCAUACUUCUUGUGUUUAUACUGUAAGCUAUUUAUUUUGUAUAGUAUUUAAAAAUCACCCAAUUUUACACACAUUAGAGGGAAGAAAUAAGCUGAUUUGUUGUGCAUUAUUGUCAAGUAAGAUUCGUAUAGAAAUUCAUAUUCUUUUGGGGGACAGUUUUAAGAGGAUGUCGUUUGCUAAUUCAUACAUUUUUUGUAGUUGUUCCUCAGUUAGAAUAGUUGACACUUAAAAAGCAUCCCAAAUUUGGCUUCCUUGUGAGAAAUACCUCCUUUUCAAUGUAAAGUGAUUGCCUCCUCUGGUGUCACACUUAAUGAAGUGGAAAAGAGUAGUUGCAUAA